CCGUACUUUGCGUUUGGCGACUGCAUUUGGUCCUUCAUGUCAAUGACUGCAAUCUCGCACACUGCCUCUCUCUAUACAGUAUACUGUCCAUUAUUGCCUCAUCACGUCCUCUUGAGCUCCUACGACCAGUCAUCUCCCUCCUUUGCCUUGCCACUUGUCGUUGGUCGAGACUUCCCAGAUCGCUGCACCAGCAAGCGCCUGGCCCCAGCGAUUCCUCUUACCCUGCAAUCACCAUCAUCAAGCGCCUGCCCGCCUCAUACAGCACCACGCUCGCUUUUUGUCAUUGGCCUCAUUUCAACAUCACAAUCAUCAUCCCAAGAUCCAUCCAAUCCUCAAACAAGCGCUCUCCAAACAUAACAUCUCGAACACGUUCCCGACGUGCCUUCGGUCGGUUUCAGCACGGCCCCCAUAAUCCCCACCUCCUGCAAAAUCAUGCUUCAGUCACGCAUCUCGCUGGACCCUACGCCGUGAGGUCGGCCUGAGUUUCGCAAUACCCAUCCAAUUUGAAGCCUUCUGUAGCCUUCUGGGUCGACAGGGCUCGUGGCGUCACUGGCAUGGGCUAGACUCGACUAUAAUUCUCCGUCAGCGCAUCUCUACCUCAGAUAUUCAACUGCAUGGUCGCCUGCCAGCUGGUCUGUCUGGAGUUCGACAUUAUUUCAUUCCCCUCGAUUCAGAGGAUUGCUCUGUUUAUUAUUGCUUGAGACAGGCUUCCUGCAGGCAAGAUAACCUUGUCAAAGUUGCAGGGCCGCUUGUUGCAAAAAAAGGGGAACCCCCCUCCGUGACUUACAUAAUCCAGCAGAAUGCCUCCUACAACGCUCAUGACCUUUUUAGUCCGUGUUCCUCCUUUUACGAGGUCAGUGAGCCUUUACGGUUCCUGGGACAACUUCUCCACCGCAUACCCCAUGCAAAGAGAUACACGCACGGGCCCGGAGCAUUGGUCAGGAUGCCAUAGCUUUUCCAACAUUAUCUGCGACGGAGGCAAUCACUCGACCGGAACUCCCAGGGAAGGAGGUCUGAGAAUGGGGGGAACAUACUGGUACUAUUAUAAACUUGACGACGACAUCGAAUUCCACAACUCGGCCGAGCCCUCAACAACAGCCUGCCCUCUCCUUCCUGGUCAACUCGUCAAUGUCUUGAAUGUACCCUUUGCUUUAAGCAGCAGUCGAUCUCGUAACGACAGUGUCAGCUCAACCAGCUCCGAAUUUCGCACCAUGGACCCCUCCGACAAGUUCAUGAACCCUCGCCCAGUACCAGCAAAACCGUCGUUGCCGCGACUGAAGACAUCACCUACCUUAGCACAGCAGUCAUGGUCCUCAAGCAGCUCUCCAGCGAGUGCCGAUCACAGAAGAGGCAGAUCAGCAUCAUCCCGAGGACCUUCUCAGCCUGGCAGUGCCACGACACAAUUGAAAAUUGGCAGAUUGACCAAGAAACCAUCACUCGAGGCUCCGAGCAGGUCUGUUUCGCGUGGAAGCAACAGAUCGGCAGGGAUCAUAGGCGCCAUCCGGGCCCUGAAAUCUCCACGUAUAGCAAGCCCCGACAGUGCCUUGGAUCGAGGCCGUCCGGAGUAUAGUCCUGCUCCUUUCCUUUCGCGAGGGAGUUCGCGGCGCAGUGUGACACCCACCUCAUCCACCGUCGAGACCGCAAAACCACUAGAGCUCGCCGAUCUUCCAUCAGCCGGUCCGGCGAGCGGGCUGGCCUUGCGUCAAGAUUUCGACGCAAAGAUUGAAGGGUCGGCACCCGUCACAAUAGCUUCCUUCGCUCAGCAUCGUAGACAACGAUCGCUCUCGAGGGAGCCAUCGUCCUUGCGCAACCCAUUGACGAGGGGGAGCACCCCAGAGCGGAAGCCGACAGAGCCAGCAAGCACCCCAUAUCGACCGCUGGAGACUCUAAAAGAAGUGGCGUCUCCUGCAUCCACGCCAGGCCAACCACUGACGGCGGUCAAAGUCGAAGCUCAACCGCCUACUGAUGAUGGCCAGGUACCAAUCGACCUCGAGAAACGACUACCGACUCUGCCCAACACGCCGUCGUCGGCAUACCCGCCAAGCAGCGUGGAUGGGUCUCCCACACAGCGCUUGCUUAUCGAGAUGGAGAAUCUACAAAGCCGAUUCUCGAGCACAACUAUCGAGACGGGAUCCAAUGUAGAUAGCUACAUCAACCAGGAGCGAAGCCACUUCUCCGAUUGGACUCUCAGCACAACGAGGAUCUCACCUCAAUCGGAAUAUUCUUCCAGCGUUAUUGAUCUUGAGCCAAUGAGUCCGCCAGUAGAUGAAGACUACGGUUGUGCUGAUUCCAAGACCAUUGAGGUUAUCAAUCAAGCCAGAACCUCAAACGAUGUACAGACAAAAGAGUACCCGCAUUCCCAACCAAAUGGCUUACCUUCGGCACUCAGCCUUUCAACAAUCAGCUCAGUGGCAUCCUCGGCAGCACCAAGCUCUCAUGCCGAUCUCGAUAGUGCUAAGGAGGCAAGCUUUUCCUGGAGCAAAUUCCAGCAUUACAGUUUACCCUCGGAAGAGGUUGGAUCUGGCGUGACACUCAAGCCAACAGCCGGCGCCGAAAUCGUGUCUCCCUUGGUGCUUGGAGACCAUCAUCGACCGGCGGAUUUCCGUCCUCAAGUGACGGGUCUGCGUGAGACGACUCUUCCUCACUCUACCAGCAUGCAACAACUUCUCGAUGAGUUGAGAUAUCUUGGUGGCAUGAUACAACAGCAUUAAUUGAUAUGCACCACUGAAACUAUUUCAACGUUCGCUUAUAAUGUUGUACGUUCCCACCAAUCAUGGCCUGCCAUUUGAGGUCACCACUCCUUCGACUUCCACGCAGCUGACGAUCUUUCCCUUGAUUCUGUCUGGCCCUGAUAGCGUUGACCGCAUUGUAUGGUGGUGUUAUUUGUGAUUUAUGCGAUGUCACAGGAGACGAGAUGGAUAAACAGGACCACAGAUGUUACGAAUUUCUUUUGACUGGCAAAGGCCAAAAAUAAGAGGAGAACAUGAUAUAUUCUGCAUAGACAGCAUCAUGAUCACCGGCUUGUCACAGUGGAUAGGAGACCGAGGGACAUGUUAUAUUGUAAAUAAAAGAUCCAGAGGGCUGGUGAGGCUGAAAUUGUAGAUCCCAGUCACUCCGUACGGAGUAGGGGACACCCACUGACACCUGAACUUAGGGAGGGACAGGCAAAAGGAAAAAGGGCUUGGCAUGGAUCGUGAGCUUCGGCCCCUCGACCUCUCAGCCAACAUCUUUCCUCCAGUAAUUCUUGAAAUUGUCUUGACAAAC